UAUUUAUGUUUAUCAAUGCAAGAAAACUCUGAUUUGCAACGUUUCAGUUCUUACAUUUGAAAACAUUGUAUAUUUAAUUUGCUUAUAACUUCCUGUUCUGAGAAUUUAUCCAGGAAAUUUAUUUUAAAAUAUUUCGUAACAUUAAGUUUUGAAAAUCAGGUAAAGGCAUCAACGCAAUAUUAUUUUUGUUGAUUGUGUUAAUAAUUAUCAAUACACAUCAAAUUACUAUCAAUCAAUAAAAUACAUAAAAUAAAAGAUUUGAUAGCACGUUGUUUAUUGAGAAGAACAGCGACGUUAAAAUGGAUAACAAACAUUGUGAUAAAAAUAGUGUAAUAGAUUGUGAAAAUAUACUUAAAGAAAUGAACAUAUAUGAUAAUAAAAUUAAUAAAAAUUCAAUAAAACAAGAAGAUAUUGACACAGAUGAUAUGACUGUACAUAUUUCGAAAAAAAAAUUAAAGAAAGAACGACAACGUGCUAAGAAACUUGAAGCUGCUAAAAAACCUUCAAAUAGUUCAGGAAAUCAAAAAAAUUCACAAGUAUCAAAUUCGAAAAAAAAUAUCAACAAUGAUGUUGAUGAAAAAAUAGAUGAUAUAGGUAAUGAUAAUAAUAGUAGUAAUUCAAAUUUAGAUAAUGAUAUAGAUGAGCUGUCGUUAGAGCAUUCAGCAUUUGUUCAGUCAAUUGUUAAACAAAAAAAUAAAUUUAAAAAUAAUUCGAUUGUUAAAAAUAAUAAAAAUUCUAUAGAUAAUAUAGCGGAUAGUAAUAAUGUUAAUAGUAUUGAUUCAUCAGAUGAUUUACAAGGAUUUACUGUCGUUAAAAAGGAUAAAAAUAAUAGAGAUAUAAAUUGUAAUAAAACUCCAGAGGGAUAUGGAAAAGAAGGAUUUAGAUUAAUAAUGAAAGGUCAAAAGGCUGACGCUAUAUAUUAUUUCACGAAAGCCAUUAAAUUAAAUAAAUUAGAUAUACGUCAUUAUAUUAAUAGAAGUUAUUGUUAUUUGAAUGUUGGUAGUUAUAUUGAAGCAUUAAGUGAUAUAAAAUUUGUUAUUUCUCGUACGGAUGAUCCAGUAUUAAUAAGUAUAAUGAAAUGUAGACAAGCGCAAGCAUUGAUGGGCUUAGAGCAUUAUAAUGAAGCUGAAACAUGUUUUCAAGAAGCAUUAAAUGUUCUUCCAGAUUGCUUGCCUGUUAAAUUUGAACUUUACAGGAUGAAAAUAAUACAGCUUAUUAAUAUGGGUUUUUCUGAAAGAUAUAUUUUAGAAAUAUUUCGAGAAACGCCUUUAAUAAAAAUGAAAGACGCUAUUGCUAUUUUAUGUGAAUUAAAUAGUGAUUAUGAUAAACAAUUUUACGAUAAUAAUAUAAAUAAUGACAUUGAAAGUGAAAUUUUUCAAUCAGAUAGCGAAGAUAAUCCAAGUAAUACAAGUAUAUUUAUGGAAAUAUUUGAUUAUAAUGAUCAUAGUAAUUCGUGGCAAGCUUCAAUAAAUAUUGAAGAAGAAUCUGCAUCGACAAAAAUGAAAGCAGCUAAAAAUACAAAGAAAGCUGAAUCUAAAGUUAUCGGAAGUAAAGGAAAAGCAACUGAAGUAACUGAUGCUGUAAAAACUCCACAGAAAAAUACCACUCUUGAUGCAAAAGCUGUGUGGGUUGGGAGUUUGAAUCCUAAAAUAAAAGAUAGUAUGCUGCACAAAAAGUUCUCAGAAUUUGGUAAAAUCAAUAGUGUAGCUGUUGUGCCUGGUGAACGAUAUGGUUUCAUAAAUUUUGUAGAAGCACGUUCUGCUCAGAGAGCGGUUGAGGCCGGUUCUGUUGAACUGUGUGGAAUAAAUCUGCCAAUAAAAAUGCGCGCAUAAAACAAAAAAUAAAUUUACUGCUAUGUACAACGAGAAAACUACAAAUUUUCAUGUUUUGUUUAAAUCAAAAAUAUUUUUUACUAUUGCAUUAUCAUAAUUAUUUUUUGUUCAAAGUAUUUUCAUGUUCUCAAAUAUACAAUUGAUAAUUAAUGUCAAA